AUGGAAUUCCGGGUUGCGCCCCACACACAGUCAUUCUUCUGUUGCUUUUUGCUCUCUUCUGGCUCUCGUUAUCCCCUGCUUGCUUCCGAAAGCGAAUGCUGCUUCCGCGGUGGAGAGAGAGAAAGGGCCCUGUCGGCUGCCCUGGCAUACCUGGGUUUUGAACAAUAA